GUGUUCAACGAGAUUUACCCGGUGUGGACUUACUCCUACCUGGCGCUGCUGUUCCCCGUGUUCCUGGCCACGGACUACCUGCGGUACAAGCCCGUGGUCCUGCUGCAGGGCCUGAGCCUCAUCGUCACCUGGUUCCUGCUGCUGUACGCCCAGGGGCUGCGGGCAAAAAAGUGCCUCGAGUUCUUCUACGGCAUGGGCACCGCCACCGACAUCGCCUACUACUCCUACAUCUACAGCGUGGUCGAUGUCAACCUCUACCAGAAGGUCACCAGCUACUGCCGGAGCGCCACCUUGGUGGGCUACACGGUGGGCUCCAUCUCCGGGCAGCUCCUGGUGUCGGUGGCGGGCUGGUCCCUCUUCAGCUUGAACGUCAUCUCCUUAACCAGCGUCUCCAUCGCCUUCGGCACGGCGUGGUUCCUGCCCAUGCCGCAGAAAAGCCUUUUCUUUCACCACCCCUCCUCCGGCCAGCAGCUCGGUUGCGAAAUGAAGGUCAUGGACUGUAAAAAUGGAUCGGUUGUCCGAGAUCAUCCCGGGGUGCAGAGAGCCCUGGGCUGGGAGGAUGAGACGAAAGUUCCCUUAAACGGGGAGGAGCAUCCUGCAGGGAAGCAGGAGCAGAAAGUUGACAUCCUCAAGGUGCUGAAAGAUCUCUGGCAGGACUUCUUGCAGUGCUACUCCUCCAGGACCAUGCUCUGCUGGUCUGUGUGGUGGGCACUGUCCACUUGUGGCUACUUCCAGGUCAUCAACUAUGUCCAGGGCCUUUGGGAGAGGGUGUUGCCUUCUCCCAGCCCGGAGAUCUACAACGGCGCCGUGGAGGCAGCCUCCACCCUGCUGGGAGCUGUUGCAGUGUUUGUUGUGGGUCACAUAAAAACAUCCUGGGCAACGUGGGGUGAAGUAGCACUUGCCCUGUUCUCCUUUCUUAUUGCUGCUGCUGUGUAUGUCAUGGACACUGUUGAGAACAUCUGGGUGUGCUACACAUCCUACGUGGUCUUCAGGAUCAUCUACAUGCUGCUCAUCACCAUAGCAACGUUCCAGAUUGCCACCAACCUCAGCGUGGAGCGCUACGCCCUGGUCUUUGGGGUCAACACCUUCAUUGCCUUAGCCCUGCAGACUCUGCUCACCCUGGUUGUGGUGGAUGCCAGUGGGCUGGGGUUGGACAUCUUCACCCAGUUCAUGAUUUAUGCCUCUUACUUCGCGGCCAUCUCGCUGGUGUUCUUGGCCAGUGGCAUAUACAGUGUUAUCAGAGCUCACAGAAGACAAGAGCAGAUGCAAAGCAGACCUCCUGAAAGCCACUAG